GCCGGGGCUGACCGGAGCGGGCCGAGCGCACCAUGGCGGAAGCGGAAGGGAGCCUGCCGCUCCUGUUGCCGUCGCCGCCACCCCCGCACGCGAUGGCGGAAGUGGAGGCGCCGACGGCGGCCCAGACGGACCAGAAGCAGGGUGGCGCAGCCAUGGACGUGGAGCGGAGCCGUUUCCCCUACUGUGUGGUGUGGACGCCCAUCCCGGUGCUCACGUGGUUUUUUCCCAUCAUUGGCCACAUGGGCAUCUGCACAUCCACAGGCGUCAUUCGAGACUUCGCAGGUCCCUACUUUGUCUCGGAAGACAACAUGGCCUUUGGAAAGCCUGCCAAGUACUGGAAGUUGGACCCUGCUCAGGUGUACGCCAGUGGGCCCAAUGCCUGGGACACGGCUGUUCACGAUGCCUCUGAGGAGUACAAGCACCGCAUGCACAAUCUCUGCUGUGACAACUGCCACUCCCAUGUGGCGUUGGCCCUGAACCUCAUGCACUACAACAACAGCACCAACUGGAACAUGGUGACACUCUGCUUCUUCUGCCUGCUCUAUGGGAAGUAUGUCAGCAUCGGGGCCUUCGUGAAGACCUGGCUGCCGUUCGUCCUCCUCCUGGGUGUCAUCCUAACCGUCAGCCUGGUCUUUAACCUGCGGUGAUGGCAGCCCCAGCCCCAAACUCACCAGCCUCCUGAGGAGGCAGCUGCCACCACUUUGGUUCCAGAAUUUUUCUUCUCAUCGCAAAGGCAGGGAUGGACCCGCUGGCUUUGACGCAGAGGCUGUGGCUCAGUGGGUUAGCGUGAGAACUGAAGCUGAGGACGAGCGGGGGGCGGGGUGUUUCCUCGCUGUGUCUCCCAGUUACUCAGAACUCCUCGUCUCCCCCUGCCCCAGGCUCGUGACCCCGCCUUUGAGUCACCCUCUUUGUUCAUUUGUUCAUCUUUUGGGAAAGCCUUGGCUUCCCUCUGCAGAGCUGCUGCUGCCACCGCCUCCUGCCGCGGCCCAGGGCCCAGUGCGGGAGAGGCCGUUUUUAGAUCCAGCGAGGGCCCUCGCUGGAUUUGGAGCCCGCCUCCUGCUGCGGGCUGCGGCCCGGUGCGUGGGGACAGGGGGCGUCUCCAUAACCCCAACUGCCCUGGGCUUCCUCACUCGCCUCUCAAAGGGUCCACUGGGGCUGGAGGCCCCCCCUUCAGAGGUUUUCCGGGAGCCGCGCUGGGGUAGUUGGUGCCCCGUCUCCUUGGUGUCCAGCCCAGGCAUCCCCUCUUCCCACUCUUCCGGGGCCCAUGGCCCACCUGCACUUGGGGGCCUGGGCGCCCCGCGCCAGGCUGGAGAGAUGAGGGGUGCUGAUGUGUCCAGAGUGGCCCCCUGUCUGCCAGAGCGUGUGGGGCCUUGCCCUGGGGAUGGCACCCUUGGGCUCAGGAUGUGGGGACUUCAGCUGGCACCACCAAACAGCCAGAGGGAGCUGCUUCCUCCCACCUCUCACACCCCCUUUCUCCAGGUUGUGGAAGGCUGGCUGCCCUCCCCACUGUCCCACAUUCCUCUGCGCAGGGCGUCCAGGGCAGGACAAUAAAGAGUUUUGACAUCAGACCGUGCCUGGUCCUUCUUUU